AUGCCUUUCGAAGCCCGGGUCAAGUCUGUCCUGUCCGGCGACACUGUCGUGCUGUCGCAUGUCACCAAUCCCUCACAAGAACGCGUCCUGAGCUUGGCCUAUGUGUCUGCUCCCCGGUUAAGGAGAGAAGGUGAUGAGCCAUAUGCGUUCCAAUCCCGUGAAUUCCUCCGUGAACUCCUUGUCGGCAAGGUUGUCCAGUUCCACGUUGUCUACACCAUUCCCACCGGUGCCAAGCGCGAGUACGGUACCAUCAAACUGCCCGGUUUCGACGCCUCAUUGCCCGAUAUCAGUGUUCAAGAAGGCUGGACCCGUGUCCGUGAAGAGGCUGGCAAACGUAGCGAUGAAUCUGAGGAGACAAUUGCUCUUCUUGAGCGUCUGCGUGCCCUAGAGUCACUCGCUCAGGGUGAAAGCAAGGGAACCUGGAGUGCUGACAAUGGCGUUAUCGAAACCAGCUAUGAGUUGACUGGUGCUCGUGAAUUGGUUCGGCAGAAGUCCGGUCAGCAGUUAGAGGGUAUUAUCGAGAAGGUCCUGAAUGGUGACCGACUUGUGUUGCGUCUGCUGCUUUCUCCCACAGAGCAUGUUCAGACUGUUAUUGCCGUCGCUGGUGUUCGUACCCCAUCUGCUAAGCGCACCACAGAGGGUAAGGAAACGGCUGCCGAGCCUUUCGGUGAUGAAGCACAGCAGUUUGUGGAAUCUCGUCUGUUGCAGCGUAAGGUCAAGGUUUCCCUGCUUGGUGUGACGCCGCAGGGUCAACUGGUCGCUACUGUCCUCCACCCCAAUGGAAACAUCUCUCGAUUCCUUCUUGAGGCUGGUCUCGCCCGUUGCCAGGAUCAUCACUCUACCCUUCUAGGCCCUGAUAUGGCUCUUCUCCGCCAGGCCGAGCUUGAGGCCAAGGCUGGCCGCAAGGGCUUGUUCGUUGGACACACUGGUCCCACCACUGCGGGUGCCUCCGCCGAGGACUACCUGGUCACCCGUGUGCUGAACGCCGACACUCUCUUUAUCCGGAACAAGGCUGGUAAGGAGAAGAAGAUCAGUCUCGCCAGUACCCGUCAGCCCAAGCCCUCCGACCCUAAGCAGGCUCCCUUCGCCGCUGAGGCCAAGGAGUACCUUCGCAAGCGGGUUAUUGCUAAGCACGUCAAGGUCACCGUGAACGGCAAGAAGCCCGCCAAUGAGGGCUACGAAGAGCGCGAGGUCGCUACUGUUGUUCAGGGCAACACCAACGUUGGAAUUGCUCUUGUGGAAGCUGGUUAUUCCUCUGUCAUCCGUCACCGCAUGGAUGAUGCCGAUCGUUCCCCCGACUACGAUGCCCUGCUCGUUGCUGAGGCUGAGGCUCAAAAGGAAGGCCGUGGAAUGUGGUCUUCCAAGGCUCCCAAGGCCAAGCAAUACCAGGACUACUCCGAGAGCGUCCAAAAGGCCAAGUUGGAGCUUGGUAUCCUGCAGCGCCAGAAGCGUGUUCCUGCUGUCGUUGACUUCGUCAAAUCUGGCUCUCGCUUCACCGUUCUGGUUCCCCGUGACAACGCCAAGCUGACUCUCGUCCUCUCCGGUAUCCGUGCUCCUCGCUCUGCCCGCGGCCCUAGCGACGUCGGUGAGCCUUUCGGUCAGGAGGCCCACGACCUUGCCAACCGCCGCUGCAUGCAGCGUGAUGUCGAGAUCGAUGUUGAGACCAUUGACAAGGUCGGUGGUUUCAUUGGAAGCUUGUACGUCAACAAGGAAAACUUCACCAAGGUCCUACUGGAGGAGGGCUUUGCCACCGUGCACGCAUACUCGGCUGAGCAGUCUGGUCACGCCGCUGAGUACUUCGCUGCCGAGCAGCGUGCCAAGGAUGCCCGCAAGGGUCUCUGGCACGACUACGACCCUGCUAAGGAGGCUGCUGAGGCUGAGGAAGCCGAGGCUGCCAACGGCACUGGUACUGGCACUGAGAGCGAUGCUGCCCCUAUUCAGCGUCGUAAGGACUACCGCGACGUGAUGGUCACCUACGUCGACCCGGCCACCGCCAAGCUCAAGCUGCAGCAGAUUGGCACCGGCACCAACGCCCUCACCGAGCUCAUGAGCGCUUUCCGUACCUUCCACAUCAACAAGGCCAACGACGCUCCUCUCCCCGGUCCUCCUAAGGCUGGCGACUGGGUCGCCGCCCAGUUCACCGAAGACGGCAACUGGUAUCGUGCCAAGGUCCGCCGUAAUGACCGUGAAAACGAAACCGCCGAGGUGGUAUAUAUUGACUUCGGAAACUCCGAGUCCCUCCCCUGGGCUAAGCUCCGCCCUCUCACGCAACCCCAGUUCUCCGGCCAGACUCUCCGCCCCCAGGCCAUUGACGCCGUGCUCUCCCUCACGCAGUUCCCUACUUCCGAGGACUACCUCGAGGAUGCCGUCGGCUUCGUCGGCGACCAGACCUUCGAUCGCCAGCUCGUCGCCAACGUUGACCACGUCGACCAGGAUGGCACCCUGCACGUCACCCUCCUCGACCCCUCCGUCUCCAAGAACUUGGACAACAGCAUUAACGCUGACAUCAUCUCCGAGGGUCUCGCCAUGGUGCCUCGCAAGCUGAAGGCUUGGGAACGCGCUUCCGUCGACACUUUGUCCAACCUCCGCACACUUGAAGACGAGGCCAAGUCCGAGCGUCGCGGAAUCUGGGAAUACGGCGACCUGACCGAGGAUUAA